AUGUCUCUUAUCCCUCCGAAGGAAGCCACCACAACGGCGACGGCAAAGGCGACCACGACGCCCACCGCGAUCGCGACUACCACCACCACCACCACCACCGCCGCCACCACGACGCCGAAGGUGAAGGCCUUGUCGCCGCCAACUCAGUCUAGUACUGAUGCGCCUAAUAUCGCUGUGUCGGAGCCUCAACAAGAUGCAUCAGUAAAAGUCGACACCAUCACUACCACCAAUGCCGAAACCCUCCCUCCGCCACGGACUACUGCUGGCAUCAGCGACUACUUCUCAGGAAAUCAUGGCCUGGCAACCGAGACAAACCCAUUCGAGUAUUCAUUUGCAGGCGGCGGAUCAUUAGCGAACGGCGGACAAGUGCAGACACCUGGAGGAACGAAGCUUCCAUCCAUCAAUGCCCUCACAUCUCCGGGUGUCUCUUUCUGGCCCAUCAUUACAGGCAUGCGUUCUGGUCCUCUAAGCCCUGCUAUGCUUGGAGGUCCGCCUAAAGACGAUUACUUUGGCUCUGGGCACCAUCUCCGAGGCAGCUUCCCAGGUGUCACCCCGAAUGAAUCAAGCUUGCGAUCGGGCUUGACGCCCGGUGGACCUGGCUUUACACCCGGUGGUACAGGAACCAUGUUCCCCCAAUCGAGUCCAGGUUUCGCCGACAUGGUCCCUACAACUCCAGGUGGACUGGAUUUCGGGCGCGCUGCUAUCAACGCGCGCAACAAGAUCGGCGAAAUGCCCAACAUCACAUCCCAACCACAAGACCCCAUGCACGAUUUGGAUAGCAAGCCUAGACAGCCACCAACACAACUUCAAAGAAGUUACGAGGAGUCAAACGCGACCGACGCUGCCAACGGGCUCUUCCUACUUGCGAACGCGAACCACGACCCUUCGCAGACGAAUCAUUACACCGUCGCUCCGCAGACCGUCUUACAAGGCAUCGCUCAAUCCAUGCCACAAAUGGGCCACUCCCGAGAUUCUAGCCACACCGCACACCAACGAAAUGGUGGAUCUAACAACAACCAACCCGGCCGUCGAAACAGUGAUAUGAGUGGCAUCUCGGAAGAAGAACAAUCAAGUAGACCCACUACCCGAGGUAAGGGUAAGAGACCUGCUACCCAGGAAAACCAGCCCAACGGCAAUGGUCGACGCAAAGCUACCGACCAAACUCCUGCGAAGGCGCCUGCCGGUAAGAAGUCCAAGGGUAACAACGGCAAUGUCGUGAACAUGGAUGAGCCGAUAUCAGAUGAAGAGCCCGAUAUUACCAAGGACGAGUACCACGCCAACGGCAAGAAGAUGACCGAUGAUGAGAAGCGGAAGAAUUUCCUCGAACGUAACCGGGUUGCUGCUCUCAAGUGCAGACAACGCAAGAAGCAAUGGCUCCAAAACCUUCAAACAAAGGUAGAGAUGUACAGCAUGGAGAACGACAGUCUCAACACCACGAUCACGGCAUUGCGGGACGAGCUUGUCAACAUAAAAACUCUUCUUCUAGCUCACAAGGAUUGCCCCGUCUCUCACUCGCAAGGCCUGAGCAAUGGUGGCAUGCAGCAACUUAUGGAAGGCGGUUACGCCAAUCCUCAUAUGAAUCCAUAUGGUAUGGCAAUGGGCCAACAUCCCCAAAUGAUGGCCAACCAAGCAUUUCAACAACAACAACAGCAACAGCAAAGGCGAGAAUCGUGA